AGGCGCUCGGGGACGGCGAGGAGGAGCGCGGACUUCCGGCGAGCCCGAAGAAGCCCCUGGACACGAGCUUCCGGCCCGGGGACGUGUUCCGGGGCUCGCUGCGGGAGCGGAGCAGCGGCCUUCGGAACGUCGGCGGCCAGUCCCAGGAGGGCGACGCGCGCCUGACCCUCGUGGUCGGGGAGGCGGGCGCCGCGAGGCUCUGGGUCGUCAACGACGCGGUGGACGUGCGCAUCGCCAGCGAGGGGGGCACGACGCGAAUCGUCGGCGACCACCGCAUCCUCUCGGGAAGCUUCGACCCGGACCUGCUGUCGUUCCGCGGCGGCAUCGCGGCCAGUGACGCUCCCGACCAGGACACGGCGUCCUUCGUGCUGGGCCGCGACACCUGGGUCGCCCCGGAGCAGGCCGCCGCGGCCGAGCCGGGCAGAAGGCAGAAGCCGCGGCUGUUCGGCGCGGUGAACUGCGGGCGCUUCCCCGACUUCUGCAAGAAGAAGGGCGCGGACCCGGCGAUCACCAAGCGCUUCCCGCAGGUCCGCGUGCUCUUCCCGAGCCAGGGGCGCUUCGAGGUGUACCACGGCCGGCCCCUGGGCCGCGAGCUCGCCGCCUUCGCGCGGGAGUCCUCGCGGACGCCCGUCGUGGUGCCGGAGCUGCUCUGGGACAACGUCACGGCGCUGUCGGGCGGCCCGCGGCAGCCGUGGCUGGUGCUGCUGCGGAAGGAGCCGAAGGACAAGAAGAAGCGGGCGGACUGCGACCUCUGCAAGGCGGCGCUGCCCAUGCUGGGCCGGGCCGCCGUCCGCCUGCUCCGGGCCGGGGUGCAGGUGGCGUGGGCGAACUGCAGCGAGCCGGAGGGCAGGGUCUGCAGCUCGCUGGGCGGCGCCGAGGAGGAGUCCACGUGGGGCUCGCUGCGGUUCGUCGAGAUCGGAUCCGGAGUGCAGGGCGACUCCGACGACGCCAGGGGCGUGGGCCGAGCAGUGGCGCUGUGGGACUCCGGCCUGAUCGCGGGGGAGAUGUCCCAGUCCGGGCUCCUCGCCGCCCUGGAGGCCGCCGGGCACGCGGCCGAGUUCCUCCUCGGCUCCUCGGCCGCUGCGGGCGCCGCCGCCCGGCCGGCAGGCCCAGGGGCUCCCGACAGCAUCCCGCCCACCAGGUCGGAGCUCUGACCCCGCCGCGGGCGCGAGCGCGCUGUUUUGCUCACUGCGAGCGCUUCGGGAGGGAAGGGGGGCG